AUGGCAUCUUCCGACGAAGAAGGCGAAAUCUUUCCUCAUUCCGUCACAGCCUACCAAUUUCUCAACUACAGUAAUAAACCCAUUCCAUUUUCCAACUUACCCAUUCAUUGGUCUGAUCACCACACCGGAGACUCGCCGCCGGUGUAUUUGCUCGGAACUUCCGAUGGAGAUCGUCAAUCAGUCUACAAGCAAGUGAUUGGUUGGAAAUUAGAACUUCUUCAUGUAAUGCCUCAAGUCUACAUUCUUUCCAAGGGGAAAUCAUGGAUUAAGCUUCUGAAACCAAAGAAGAGUUACGAAGAUAUCAUCAAAACUGUUGUGAUCGUGAUUCAUGGUCUUCAUUUUGUGAAGAGGAAUUUAGAGGCAACUGGAGAUAGAAUCUUGAGUCAUUUGAUGAAAACUUUGAGCUCUUAUGAUGUGGUUGAACCUCUCGAGCAGUAUCUUUCGAAUCACGUAUCGUUGAUUCGAAUUGCUGUGGCUAAAGACGAGGAUUUAGCGAAAUCUAAGUAUCUUGAAAGAUUUCUCAUGGAGAUUGAGAAUCCUGGGAGAAGAGAAACUUUUCAUGAGGAAAAUCAAUCGAGAAAGAAGUCGAAGUUCAUCGUUGACGAAGAUGAUAUCGCAAGUGACGAAGAUCUGGAUGAAGAAGCUGAAGUUUUGUUUGAUCCUGUUUGUGCAUUUUGCGACAAUGGCGGUGAUGUUCUCCCCUGCGAAGGACAAUGUCUACGGUCUUUUCAUCCAACCAUAGAAGCGGGGGUCGACUCGUGUUGCGAGUCUCUUGGUUUCGCGGGUGCAAGUCAAUACGAGGCAAUUCCGACUCUUCUUUGUGAUAACUGUAAACACCAAAAACAUCAAUGCUUCGGUUGUGGAAAGUUGGGCUCCUCCGAUAAGUGUUCUGUUGCCGAGGUCUUCCCUUGUGUUUCCGCAACUUGUGGGCAUUUUUAUCAUCCCGAAUGUGUUGCAAGUUUGCUUUGUCCAUUUGAUGAAACCGUGUCCAAGAAACUCGAGAGUCGAAUCGCUGCGGGAGAAUCGUUCACGUGUCCUAUCCAUAAAUGCCAUCGUUGUAAAGGAGGAGAAGAUAAAGAAGUACACGAUUUGCAGUUUGCAGUCUGUAGGCGCUGCCCCAGGGCGUAUCAUCGAAAAUGCUUACCCAUGAAAAUCGCUUUUGAGCGUAGUGCUGAUGGAACUGUCCUGCAAAGAGCGUGGGAUGAUCUCUUGCCAAAACGCAUCCUGAUAUAUUGCAUGAAGCACAAGAUCCUUCCAAGCCUAUUGACACCAAAACGAGAUCAUCUUUUAUUCCCUUAUAUAGUACGGAAAAGGAAUCAAGACGGAAGUAGAACAAAGGUGCUGAAGGUAGAAAUAAGCAAGGCUUUCGGAAAUCUUGAAGUAAGUGAAACCGAAAACACGUCACAAAUGGUUGAAAGGCGGUAUAGCUCAGUUACUUUUCGUGAUCCCGCAUUUGAGAAAGGCAAGUCUUCCCUUAUGUACGAAAAGAGACCUUCACUCGAAGAAAACGUAUCCAUUUCUAGAAAUCCGGAAUACCCUUCUUCCCGGGCCCAAAAGAAACCGGCAUACAGAGAAGAACGCUUUGCUUCUAAGCAGGUGAAGAAGAUAACAGUUAUUACACCUCCUUCGGUAGACACUAAUAUGGAAAAAAGGAUUUUACGAUUAAUGAAAGAUUCCGCAUCUUCAUUUGAUUUCGAUGAAUUCAUAAAGGAUAAGAAAAGUAGGCGUACUCAUGAAGCGUACACCCCACAGACCGGAUUGGAUAAGACCAUUACCAUGGGAAAGGUGGAGGCCUCCGUAAAGGCGGUACGAACAGCCUUAAAGAAAUUGGACGAUGGGUGUAGUGUUGAGGAUGCAAAAGCUGUUUGUGAACCAAACGUUCUUAAUCAACUCAUUAGAUGGAAGAAAAAGCUACAUGUGUUUCUUGCCCCUUUUCUCCAUGGAGCACGCUAUACGUCUUUUGGGCGCCAUUUUACAAAGGUCGACAAGCUUAAGGAGAUAGUUGAUAGACUUCAUUGGUAUGUGGAAGACGGUGAUAUGAUAGUGGACUUUUGCUGUGGUUCAAAUGAUUUCAGUUGCUUCAUGAAAGAAAAGCUUGACAGUAUGGGAAAGAAGUGCUCAUACAAGAACUACGAUCUGAUCGUACCAAAGAAUACGUUCAAUUUUGAACAGAGAGAUUGGUUUAGCGUCCCUCUAGACGCACUACCCGAUGGUUCUCAUCUGGUAAUGGGGCUAAACCCUCCCUUUGGGGUCCAAGCAUCUCUAGCGAACAAAUUUAUCGACCAUGCUCUCAAGUUCAAACCGAAGCUCCUUAUCCUUAUUGCUCCGAAAGAAACCAAAAGGCUUGACCAGAAAAGGUCUCAUUAUGAUUUAGUUUGGGAGGAAGAGGAAAUGCUCUCCGGCAAGUCGUUUUAUCUACCUGGCUCAAUCAACGCUCAAGACCAGACGUUAGAUGAUUGGAACACGGUCUCACCACCGCUCUCCCUUUGGAGUCACCCUGACUGGACUGCCAAGCACCAGGCGGUAGCCGAAAAGCAUAGUCACAUAGUAAAGCAAAAUCAACACGAAGGAGGUGAAAGAGUAGUCUCGAAUUACCUAAUGGAAGAAAAUCACGACUAUUAUCGUGAUUUCUCUGAGUAUCGGGACAUCUCCACCAUCUUGGAUGAUGUCCCAGAAGCACCUGCUGGUGGAUCACCACCAGCAAGUGCUAAUCCAUCGACCAUCGAUGAUGAAGACAUCAAUGUGAUACCAGAUACCGAAAUACAUAUCCAAGAAACUCUUGAUGACACGGCUGACAUGAAUGCGUCAAGCGACAUGGAUGUGUCGAGUCCGGUAACGUCCUCAACAAACUCGCAAUCCGGACCAAGACUCAACCCUCCAUUCAUCCAGCCGAGCCAUCCUGAACAUUAUCCUGGGGUCGAUCCACCACAGUAUGCAACUAACACAAGCGUUCCUAAUGAAUCAGAUGUCGGUUCUUGGUAUACUCAAUCGGGUCUUGAUGCUUUUCCGAGCCACCGUGGUCAAGGUGAUUCCGUACCGACUUUAAUCCAGCCUCCGAGUGCAAACUCCGCUUAUGGUCACACCAUUGAUCCAACCUAUGAUCAACCUGAUUUUACAAGUGAGCCGGACAUUUGGCCACCAGGUACCAUGCCUCCUGAUUGUAAGUACGGCUAG